UCUAGCUUCUAGGGUUUGUGCUUCUCCAAUCGAUGGAUCCUUCUCUCACAUUGCGCCUUCUCACAGAUUCCAGCAGUGUCGCCGAUGGCGGGAUUCAGGAAGAAGAGCGAUCGCGAAAUGUGGACGAUUUCUCCGCGAGCGAUGGACUCGGAUUCAAGCGGACGCUCCACUUCAUCUAUGCGGCGCAUUUUCUUGCGCGAUGGGGGGCCGGGAUGUGGGAUUUCUAUGUGUCGCUCUUUAUGAUAAGCAUUUGGCCCAAGUCUUUGGUGCUCACGGCGGUGUAUGGUCUCGGGGAAGCUCUUAGCAUCGCUGUGUUGGGUGUCUACGUUGGAGAAUGGAUCGAUAAAACGUUUCCCUUGACAGUGAUACAAGUCUCGGUUGGACUACGCAAUGGCUCUGUUCUUGUUGCAUCCUUGCUGAUGAUCCUCCUUCUUUUGCGGCCCAUCAAAGCCCUGCCGGUGUUCUUUGCUACUGUUGGUGUGAUCGAUAUCUUCGGUGCUGUUGGCUCUCUCGCUGGGCUCGGUUGCAACAUCCUCUUGGAACGAGACUGGGUCGUGAGCAUUUCACGUAGAAGACCCGACUUACUCGUGGAGAUGAACACGACAAUGAGACGCAUCGACUUGGCUUGCAAGCUUCUGGCUCCAGUUUUCGUUGGAAUCCUCAUGAGCAGCGUCUCGCUUCUAGCUUGCAUCGUCCUCAUUGCCGCCUGGAACUUGCUUUCACUGGGAGUGGAGUACUGGCUUCUCGUCUCGGCUAUUUCAGCCAUCCCAGAGCUCAUUGAGAGCGUUUCCGCUGUCAACCAAGAGGACACCGAGAAUCUAACAGCCGGCGAAAAACCUAGCGAUCACCGGGUAGAGCAAAGCACAGAGGAAAAGUUUUCUCUGGUACAGGGAUGGUGGAUAUAUUUCAAGCAAGAGCCUGUGCUUGCUGGUGUGGCUCUAGCUCUUAUUUACUUCACAGUCUUAAGCUUUGGUUCGCUGAUGACCGCAGCUUUGCAAUGGAAGAAAGUACCGGCGUAUGUGAUCGGCCUUGCUCGAGGCGUCUCAGCGUGUGUGGGAGUCGCUGCUACUUGCUGCUAUCCUGUAAUGCAUGCGAAUCUCCAAACCGUUCGAACUGGGCUUUGGUCGAUCUGGAUGCAGUGGUCUUGCCUUUUGAUUUGCGUGGCUUCGAUCUUCAUCAACACGCCGGCACUUUCUUCGGCGCUGCUCAUCGUCGGCAUCAUCGCCUCUCGUUUCGGAUUGUGGUCGUUUGAUCUGGCAGUCACUCAGCUUAUGCAGUCUAGCGUUCCGGAGAGCGAGCGUGGAGUUGUCGGUGGCGUUCAAAACUCCUUGCAAUCGUUUCUAGAAAUGCUCUCCUUUGUCAUGGGUAUGAUCGUCGCGUCUCCUCAGGAGUUUGGAUACCUAGUCCUUGUAUCGUUUGGUUCCGUGACUGCUGCAGCGCUGCUCUAUACAACUUACACUUACCAAGUUCGUGGCCAUCUCUUUCAUUUUGAUAAGCUAUUGUAAAUCCAUCGAUUUCUCGAUCAGCCGGUGGAUCAAACCGGCGGCUGGAUCAGGAGGGUCGAAUAUUCCCUGCCCCUUUAAACGCGCUUGAAUUACACCCCUUGUUAGGGUUUGGGGCCAUUCGCCAAAGGGGAAGAGUGAAGGACGCGCAGCGGCUCGUCGGCGCCAGGGCUCCCUCUUUUCUCUCCGCGAAGAUCCGGAGGACCAAUUCGCGCUAGGCGCUCGCCGCUCCAUCUCCAUCUGAUUGUUUUGUUCUAGGGUUCUAGGAGAUUCUUUUGUUGCCUUAGAUCGCUCCAGGAUCUCUGCUGUGUUUCAUUCUUUUUCGUUCCAUUCUCUAAGAAAAAAA